UGUGCCACACGCGGCGCUCGCACACCCAAGAGUCGCCGUGGUGGUGAGACGCCGCCGCUGCUGCUGCGCAACGUCCGCUACGGUGGGACACCAACAACGACAACAACAACAACGACAACAACAACAACAAGUCAGCCAAGUUGCGGGCAACUGCGGCGAUGCGAUGCGGACGAUGGCGGUCGCGAGCGUCGCUCCGAGUCGCCUGGAACGCGGCGCGACUCGAGCGAGCGACUCGGAGCGUUGACGCCGAGACGGCGGCGGCGGCUUUGUGAGAGAGCGGCGAGUUUCGUUCAGCAGCGAGGCGGAAUAGCCAACGACAACCUGUUGGUGUUGGUGAUGUUGGUGUUGAUGGUGUUGGUGUUGAUGGUGAUGAUGAUGUUGGUGAUGAUGGUGAUGAUGGUGGUGAUGGUGCUCGCCGGGAGAGUUGCCUGUGACGAGGAGCCCUCCUGGAUGGCCUCGCUGUGAACGCGACAAACCCUCUCUGCAAAGCGUCGCGGGCCACACACACAGAGCGCGGCAGCGGCGGCAGCGGCGGCAGUGGAGGAGGAAGGUGCCCGAUGUGGUGAUAGCCAGGAGGAGGAGGAGGAGCAUGCUGCGGCUAACGGCGUGGCCGUUGCUCGCGUGGCAAGCCCACCUGCUGCUGUGGGCCCUCUCCUCCCCGCUGCAUGGCUCCCCGCCGUGCCCCGCCGCCUGCAACUGCACGCUGGGAGCGAACGCGCAGAGGACGGUCAGCUGCAGCCGCGCGGGCCUCAGCCACGUGCCCCACGAGCUGCCCGCAGACACCGCCGUGCUCCUGCUCGACGGCAACCGCAUCGGCGCGCUGCCCGCCGGCCUCUUCCAGGGCCUGCUGCAGCUGCGCGAGAUGAACCUGUCGGGAAACGUCAUCCAGAGCGUGAGCGCCGCCGCCUUUCCCGAGGGCAUCACCUUCCUCGACCUGUCCGCCAACCGACUGCUCGGCCUGCCCCGGGAGCUGAAGCAGCUGAAGGCGCGCGUGCGCCUGGACGGGAACCCGCUGCACUGCGGCUGCCAGCUGCAGGAGCUGUUCGCCGUGCUGGACGUGGACGCGCGCACCGCCAACGGGGUGCUGUGCGCCACGGCCGUGGUGGAGAGCGCACGCGGGAGGCCCUUCUUCGAGGUGAUGGAGAAGAUGAACUUCUGCAACAUGCCGCGCAAGACCACCGACGUGGCCAUGCUCGUCACCAUGUUCGGCUGGUUCGCCAUGGUGGUCGCCUACAUCGCGUACUACGUGCGCACCAACCAGGAGGACGCCCGGCGUCACAUCGAGUACCUCAAGUCGCUGCCCAGCGCGCAGUUCAGAGCGGCCAGCGAGGGGGACACACACAGCACCAUGCUGUAGCUGACGGCGUGCUGUAGCUGACGGCUUGCUGUAGCUGACGGCUUGCUGUAGCUGGUGGCGUGCUGUAGCUGACGGAGCAAGGGGGUCCCGACGCGUGGCAGUUUCGGGAUGAGUCUGCACGUGAUUUACUGGGAAAAAAGGAAUAGCACAAUUGACUCGGUCACUUUUUGCCCAAAUCACAAGGUGACGGUUUUGUUCGUGCGAAACAAAGGCAAAGAUCCCCCGUAUAGCCUUAACAGACUGUUGGGGCAAGUGCUGUUAGCGAGCACCUGUGAAGGGCGGCACGGUACACGAGGCGGUGGGUCACCAGCACCACGCCCGGCCGCCUUUGUCUCCCCAGUGGCGAUGUUUACACACCACACCAGGUACUCAUUUGAGGCCGAGUCGACCUAGGAGAGGCCCACGAUCGGUUCAGAUAAUCGUCACUGGGUAUUGGUCGUGAGCGGGUUCGUAGCGCAGCGUAGCGCUAACCGCUACACUUGAUUCGUACACACACAAAGAAACACAACCACAUUGCCCCAAUACUGUACUCACAUUUAUACACUGACUCAAAAUCCAGUCCGGGACCAACUCGAUUAUUUUCUGUCGCAAUUGACUCUGUAGGGUUUGCUCACACCAAAAGGUCAUCAUUGUUUCAUUCGUACAGAAACGUUCCAUAUUUAUACACAAGCUCAAAAUCCAGUCUGCAAGAUCCUCCAUAGACUGCCCUGUUCCCAGCCUCUCCCCUCUCAUCUCUCUCCCCGUUCUGUCCUCUCUCCUCCACCUACCAAUGUCCUCUGUCACCCCCCCCACCGCCUCCCCCUCAACCUGCAUAUAAUGCGGGGGGCAGAUUGCUUAUUCUCCCCCACUGGUCUGGCAUUCCCUCUCAACAAUCAUUCACGUCGUCUCGGUCCUCCCUUGCCUUGUUCACCAUCAAGGCUUGAACCCGAAGUUUUCUUCAAAGCCCAAAAAUAGCGGCCUCUUCCCUGUGGAGAGCGUCUUCGUUGCACAUUUACGGUGCCACCGUUUCACCCAUUCUGCCCUCAACCACAUUACCAAAACAACAACAACAAAAACCUUCCGUCUUUGCUGCUUCCCUCCAAGUGCGCGUCCACUUAUGUUCUACAGGGUUUUGAGAUACUUUUGUAUCAUUCAAAGUAAAUUGUAUGAAACAGACAAAAAAAUCUCAUUUUAUAUCUCUCCAAAUACACUCAUUGGCUACGUUGGAUGAAUAUAACAUUCACAGGAGCACGACCGCAGCAUAGGACUGGGUGUGCUGGCUUCUACUCAGGUUGGUAACUGGCUUGUACCUUUCAAAGCCACGGUGGCGAGAUGUUAACUACCUCGCCUGGUAUACAGGAGGUCGUGGGUGCGAUCCUAACCACUGGCACCUGUAUAUUUGGAGUCUGCAUGUCUCUCUCCCCGUGGUAGCGUGGGUUUUUCUCCGGGUCCUCCGGCUUUUUGCCCUUCCACGUUUAGAAACACGCUCUCAAGAGUAUUUGGCUGCAAAACAUUUCCACGCGAUAAGCCACUUCGCUGAGCUGUCCUUUGUGGGCAGGUCGUUUCUGAAAAAGCCAGUGGGCCUUAGCUGAUGAAAUCAAAUCGUUCCGUUUAAGUUUAGUUUUCUAAUCAAGGAUGGUGUUCGAAGAAAUGCCGAUACAGUAUCACAUGCGCAGGUCGUCUCUGCUGGUAUAUUAAACGCUGCCGACAGAAAUGAUGUACAAAAUUAUUCAUCCUUCUAUGACGCGUGUCUCCAAGAUGUUCACAGAUUGCAUCGGUUACUUUCAGUGGUGGUGUUUUGACGGGGGUUUGUGCGUUGUGUUAAAAGUCAUAUUUUUGUAAUCUUGACUGUAUCAGUGGAUAUGUUUAAAGAGAGUCUAAGUGCAACGUGGCAGUUAAUGUUGACGUCUGAUUGAUUGUGAUCGCCCAGUCAGAAUUCAGCUUGUGAUUAGAGUAUUUUGCCGGGUUCUACGCCUUUUGUGUCACUUGAUGUCGUGCAUCACAGACACAUUGAACACUCAUCUUGCCCUGACAUUAUACCAAUCUUACAAGGGAUAUAUUGCUAUUUUAUGGUAAUAUUUUUCUACGCUAAAUUCGCACCGUCAUCACAACCAGGCGGCUCAGCAGGAGAGCGAGCGGGCAACACAAUCCCAAUGUUGUGUCUCCAAAUCACGCUUGGGGUGGGGUUGCCUGAACCCAUCAUCCCUCUGGGGCUGAUAAAGUGAGUACCACUUCGUUUGGGAAAGUCAGCACUAGUUGUCCUACGGAUAGACUGGCCUCCACCACACAUAUGUGGACUUUCUACCAUUGGCUCAGGAAUGUAAUCGUGAGAUUAGCAAGGCCCUCUGCUCGUUGGAGCAAGAAAUCAGUAACGUUGGACUAACAUGGUAACUGUUCUGUACAUUGCCUUAACUUUCAGGGGCUUCUACACCACUCUAGACCUUCGUGUAAAUGCUUGGCUGCCUCUGUCUCAAGGAGAAGGCCUUAAACGGGUGAAGUAGAUCCGCGUCUGUCAUGCUGGAGAGUGCUU